AUGUCAAACUCAAAAACUACUAAACCACAAGUCGAUGAUAAGCCAUUGAAUAUUACUGGAAAAUUCGAUUUAUUUGCUCGUUUAGUCAAGUCGAAAAUUCUUCGUGAAGUCGAUACAGAUGGUUAGUAAAACUUAGUGUUAAUUAUAAUAUAGUACGUUAACAAGAAGUAACUUUUAUUAGUGUACUAUAUAUUAUAUAGUUUUGAUUAUUGUAGAAACGUAAUCAUUUUUCCGAAAAUUAUCUCCAGAACUUACAAUUAAAUUUUGAGUAGUUUUUGUCAAGAGUAGUUUUUGAGACUUGUUAAUAUAUUGAAUAAAUAUUCAACAUUCUGUGAAUUUUAAAUGUGAUGAGUUCUAAAUUUUUUAAAAGUACAUUUUUUCAUGGAAGUUUAUUUUUGUUAGAAAGCUAAAGUAUUACUAGUGCAGGAUCUAAAAGGGGCGAGGGACAAGUGAGUAUCAUGAAUAAGAAAAAAAAACAUUCGUUAAUUAUAAAUUUACCUAUGUAAGUAUAUUUUAAAAACUUUUUUGACUGAUGAUCGAAAAAACCUAACCCGAUUAUACCCGGCAGACUUAAGUAUAUUUAUAUUUUUUUAGAUUCUGAAGGGAACGAGGAAUAUAUUGGUUUUACAAUGAUGUUUAUUUUGUAUUUUUUUUGUUCUAUGAACAACUUUUCUACCAGAAAUUUUGCUUCGAUUUUCUAGCGUCUUACUUUUUCUGAAAGGAAAUCGAACUAGAGUGGUACUUCAAGUAGAUCAUUUUUGGAUUUUCCCUGCAGUUUUCAUAAUAAAUAGGAAAAAUGUAGGAAAAAACGGGAAUAUUUACGAAAUGUAUUAUUUUUAAAUCGUAAAUAUUACGGCCUUAAAAACAUGUAUAAUUGAACUCCGCUCAGAAUCGUUUUUCGUUAGCCAAGAUUAAUCAUAGUGUACAUAUAUAUUUUCAAUUUCCCCUAAACCUUCCCAACUUCUUACCUACAACAGUGGGCCCCCCGUGGGAAGUAUGUCCGUUUAUUUUAGAUUCUGAGUGGAGCAAAGAAGCUUAUGGUAUUACAACGAUGUUUAUUUUUUUUUUCUGUGGACAACUUUUCUACCCGAAGAAUUGCUCCGAUUUUUACAUGUAGCAACUUUUCUAAAAGGAAAUCGGUGUAAAGGUGUAAACCUUAAAGCGGUUAUUUUUUUGAUUUUCCCAAGAGUUUUCCCAGAAAAUGUGAAAAAACUGGGAUAAAACAUGGGAAAACCGGGAAAAAUGUAAAAAAAAAACUGAGAAAAUCGGUACAUUAAAUAAUUUUUAUUAAAGAAAAUAUAUAAAGAUUAUUUUAUUAUUUUAUUAUAAAAUGAUAUUAUUGACAAAGUAUCACUAUCAACUAAACUCCGCUCAAAAUUGUUUUUUCGUAAGCAAUAUUUUAUCGUUGCUUACAGAUAUACAUUGAAUUCCUAUCUAUAUCCUACCUUCUCAACUUCCCACAUACACCAGUGGCUGCUCUGGUUUUUUUUUUACUAUACUAUUUCUCCUAUGGGAGCGAGUACACAGGGUAAGCAGAAAGCUCCAGGGUACCGAGUGUUUAUCAGCCCUGUGCAUCAAAUUGUCUAGACUAUAUUAUGAUUAUCAUCAAUUUGUUUGUAAUAUGUGAAUUACAGUUAUCGAUUUAAUUAUUAAAGGCAUUAUGAUUGAUAAUAUAUUUAAUGACCUAAGAAUAUAUUUAUCGAUGUUUAAACUGUUUAACGUAGGACUGAGAUAGAGUAAAAUCUGAAUCUAUAUUUUACUUUUUUUAUUAUUAUUAUUAUAGUUAAGAAUUGUUUUGUCAAUACGAGAACAGGGAAAUAAAUAAAAUAAAAUAAAUAUUUAGGCAAAAUUAGUUGAAAUUAGAUUUUUUCAAUAUUAUACAAUUCAUUAUUAUAUAAGUUACAAAUACAUAUUUUAAUAAAUAAUUAUUAAAUUUGAUAAAGUUUGUUAUUAUUUUGUAUUAUUUAUUUCAGUACACAAUUUAUUGAAGUAAAUUAUAGCUUUCAUAUUAUUAGUUAUCAGUAGUAUAAUUUUCACAUUGUAACACUAAAAUUAAAAUGAACGGUAGUAUUAUUUAUUUUCUCGUAAUCAAAAAGUCAUAACUAUCUAUUAGGUGAUACUAUUCUAUAGAGGCAAAUGAUAUCAAUAAAUAUUUUAAAACAUGUUUGCCGGCAGUCAUUGCGAAAUACUCAAGGUGGCUGGAGGUACUGCGGAAUCAUACGAACAUGGAGCUGAAGUAUAACUACAUCAAGAUGCUCAUCAUGGGACUUGACCAUCCGGAGCAAGUGUACCCUUUCAACGAGUACCCGCCAGCCAGGAUCGACCCUUUUGAAGGCAGCGAUUGGAGUACAAUAGCCAGGGAUAUAUUUUUUAACAACCGUACUUUCCAGCUGACCGUCCCGAACCCGCCGGUUGUGACCGCGGUUUCGGACGAUAAACGCCAGUUUGCGGCUUACCAAACGAUACCCAAGGUUGGUAUGCAAUGCUAUUACGCGCAGUCCGAUGAUCCUCUAUACGAAUGGCGUUUCAAGUACAACUCGCUAUCGAUAGCACCACCCAAACCGAUUCACGCCAUACCGCUGGACUGGGAAAGGUCCCUAGCCGGCAUCCGCAAAUCGAACGCCGAUCCCUCCGCUGCCUCGAGGUACUCUACAUCAUAAUCAAAUAGAUAGGUAUAUGAGAGAGUAUCGUGACAUUAUCGUUCGGUAUGCGUACUUCCUUCAAAUCAAACAUGUGUCGUAGCUCUUCACUUCUGGUUAUUCGGUUGGUCAGUCGAUUGACCGGUAAUAGUGGCGAUGAAACUUUAACCAAUAAGAAAUGGAAAAUUACGAUAUAUAAGUGAAGGGAAAAAAAUAUUUUAGAGUGGCAAGCAUAUUAAAUUGAUCAUACAUAUCUAUUUCGUCAUGUCUACCAAUAUAAUGCGUGGGUUGGGCAGUAGGUGCGUUGAUUGUAUCGCGAUCAACUUUUUUAAUCUAAUGACGUUUACAUAAUUAUUUUCAACGAUGAAAGAUGUGAAAAGUUUUUUUUUAAAUUAACUCUAAUUUUUUAUUCACGCAUAUAUACAAAAUAUUAGUGAACUAUUAAUAUAUUUAUAUCUAAUGUAAUAUUAUUAUACAUUUUAUUUUUUAAAAUAGUUCUUUAUAUUUCAUAAUUUAUCAGUAAUUUUUAAUUGGACUUUUCACUGUUUGGUUACCUAUUAUUAAAUUAUAUUUAAUAAUUUUUCCCAUAAAUGCAUGUUAUUUAUAAGCACCAUCAUUAGCCGGAGGACCAUAGGUUAAUGUAUUACCAAUUCACUUAUAACUGGCUUUCUUAGAAAAAUCUGUAUUUAUAAAUUUAAAAAAAGUAAAUUAUGAUAGUUGUCAGUUAGUCACCAUAUUAUUAUUAUAGACAAUAAUUGAAAAUAUCAAGCGUUUUCUCGAUUAUAAGGUAGAUAAUAUUUUUUUCUCUAUAAAAAUAACUUAACAAUUGAACAUCUACAUUAUAAAUAUCAAAUGAUAAAAAGAAUAUGAAUUUUCGUUGUUACAAUUUUUUUUUUGACUGAGCAUAGUGUGGAAUGUUUUACUUGGAUGUUUUUUUUUUGUGUUUAUCAACAAUCUUUUUAUUAAAUGUACAGGACUAACAGCAUUAUUUAUUGUUAAUUAUUAUUUUUUUUGUUGUAAUUCAGUUUCAAAUAACUGUUAGAGACCUAACAUUUAUAAAGAAUAAACUUUUGGUAAACUUUUCAAAACAUUCUGUCGAUUUUUUAAAACUAUUUUAUAGGUACUUGACACUUUCGAAUUUGUUUAGUUUUUAUUUGAUUUUAUGUGCAUAAAAUUGUUUUCACCCAGCAUAAAUGCUAAAAAAUUGUACAUCAUACGUUGUAUUUGAUGGUCAAAAAAAUUAAGCGCAAUAUAGCAUUUUUUUAUGUAAGCGUACUCAAAUCUUGACGAAAAUUAUAAAAUCACGGAAUUUAAAAACAUGUUUUACCAAAUAUUCUUUGUUAGCAUUGAUUUAUCGUUGCGUAAAGAUAUAAACUAAAUAAUUUAAUUAUCCCCUUCCCAGUUUCCCAUCUAAAAUAAUAGAAAACACGUCAGUAGUAACAGCUAUUUUUGGUUUUUGAAGUUCAAAUUUUUGAUAAAACAUGUUAUAACACUGCCGGCACGAUACUUACAGAUUCAGUAUAACAUUGAAUAUGAUUUAAUUUAAAUGUAUAUUCUAUCGAGUACCUAUAAACACUAAUUUUAAAAUAUCUUGCCCAUCUCUGUGGUGUAUUAGUACCUAAUAUAAUAAUAAUUAAUACAACAUUGAUCUAUUUAUAGGAUUACGAACGUCAAAAGUAUUAGAAGACCAUCUUUGAUAGACAUCGACGAAGAAGGGUAAAAAAAAAAUUGAAAUUAAUGAGUGUGAAUCCUAUUUGUUUUACUUGUAUAUUUUUUUUAACCGUGUAAUAAUCAUAUCAUAGGCUAGACAAGCCUAAGCCGGAUUACUGUAAAAUACUUGACACGGCGCAGGAAAAUCUUUACGUCGAAGAGGCAAAAUUCAAAUGGAGUGAAAAUAGUGUAUUGACGGGAGACACUAUACCCGGAUCUGAUUUAUGUAUCGAUUGGUAACUAUUAUUUUGUAUACUAUUAUUAUUUUGUAACCCAGAUAUGGCAUUUAAUCGGCAUGGGGUAGAUGUUACAUAAUAUAAGUAGUACCUACAACUAUGUAGUAUUAUAUUUGCAAUGUUGUGUGUAAAGAUAUAUGUUCAGGGUAUAAAUGGUCUGUACAAUUAUUUUUACAGACUUCUAUAAUUUAUAAUUGCUCUCUAACAUGUAAUAGUGUUGCACAAAAGAAUUUGUAAAUUAAAAUAAAAUGAUGGUUACUGAAUAAACUAAACCAUUUAUAUUUGAUGACCCUGAACCACAGUUAGGUACCUGAGUAACCUAAUCUAAUCUUACCGCAUGUGCUCUGAACUAUUAUGAUGACUGAUAAAAUUGUGACAUCUGCACUAAAAAAAAAAUUAAUGUUUAUCUUGUUAAUUUGACUUUGUUUUUAAUUUGUAUUUUGUUACUCAGUAAAAUAGCUCCAUGUUAUAAAAAUAUCAAUUUAAUCAAAACAAAUUAAUCACUACAUUUUAUAACACUGCCUAAAAAAGAAUACAUAAAAAAUAAUAGAAAUUCCUUAUACAUCUUAACUUCGGUAAUAAAGUCAUACCCUUGAUAAUAAACUCAUCAUCACUUGAUGACGAUAUGAAUACAAAGUCCAUAAUAUAAGUUAGUUACAAUUUUAGUUUCGAUUUAAGUUAAGUUAAAUUAAAAAUUUAGUAACACACAAAUAUAAAAAAAAAACUAUCAGAAAUUUCGGCAUUAACAUUGAUACAAUGAUAAUAUCGAUUUGUAAAUACGAAUCUGGUUGUGUAAGUUAUAGUCACUUGCAGGUCUAUAAAUAACACUGCAGAAUGUUUCAGCAACACCCAAUCUGGUUUACAGAUCUGUAAGUUGUUACAGAAAGUUUGUGCAACUAGACCUAAAUAUCUAUUAUAAAUAUAAGAGAUAAUUGAUAAAUAAUCAGCAAAUUGUGAUAAAAAAAAAGAAGAUAAUUUGGUUAAUUACUUAUCAAACAAAAUUAGUAUUAAAAAUUAUGAAAGUGUACCAGAUUUGGUGUAUUACACAAAUAUUAUGUAGAUAUCAUAAAGAAUGAUUAUGAUUGAUGUAAUUUUUAAUAAUUAUACGCAAAUUAUUACUGUUUUUUUGUAAGAAAUAAAUAUGAAAAUCAUUUAAUAUAUAGUUUACGCUUAAACGGUUAUAAUUGUUUCUACAGGUUGGUACACGAACACGAUAAAACGCAAUUAGAAAUAGACGAAGAAGCGGUCAGGGCGUUCGAUAAACUGUAUCCAUCCAAUUUUCAUUUGUAUGCUAAAUCAGAGUUUUUGGAAGGAAUUCUCAAGAAAUUGGAGUGCACCAAGCAAAAUGGUCUGUGAACAUGAUAUUGUAGUAUUUGGCUCGACUUUUAUUAUCAGUAUAUUAAUUUUAGAAUUUUUUCUGGUUAUAGCCGAAACAAUGGAGAAGGAAUGCACACGAGCAAAAAAUUCAGAAUUUAAGUGUCAGCCAUCUAGACAACUUGCGGGAUUAGAUGAGACGCAGACCGUUCGAUACGGAAAUUGCCCGGUUAAAAAUGAAGAGGAUGGCUGUAAGUACUUGGAUACAUUUAAAAAAAAUUCAUCGGACGCUCAUGUUUUAACACCCGCACAAUACGAACGGUUAUCGAUAAGUACUUUGGGGAUGAGUAUCUCGGAAAAAACUGGAGACUCGUACAAAGAUUAUUUCAUAGACCAACUGGGUAAAUUUAUUUCUAUCAAAUAAUAAUAUAACAUUAACUAAUUCGUAAUGGUUUGUAAUUUUUUAGUCGUUGAACGCUUGCCAAUAAUGAACGGCAUAAACAAGUAUAAAUAAAUUACAAUCGUAUUUGUAAUCCGUUACUCGAUUCUAUUACAAUACUUAUUUGUUUCAGACUUUUAGAUAUACCGUUACAUGUUACAGAAGCGACAAAAUCGUUCAACUACGUUGUCAACAAAGCGGAAGAUGCCAUGAGAAAAGUGAACGAAUCGCUCAAGAAUAAAAAACGUAAACACUUCGUAAAAUUAAUUUCAUUAUUUUUUCGAAUAUUUUUCGAGCAGUUGAAGUGCUGUAUUUUAGAAGAAAAUAUUAUCCGACAGUAUUUAAGUUGACGAAUAUUUUAAUCAAAUCCGUAUUUCAAAAUAACCGUACAUUAGCCGACACAUAUUUCGUUCAAACUGUAUUUCAAGCCAACAGUAUUUAAGCCGACAAUUAAUAUUUAAUCUGAAAAAUAUUUUAUCCAAAUUGUAUUUUAGUCGAAAAAUAAGCGAGACAUUGACAGUGAGCGCGCGUAAAAAAAAGUAAUCCGGCCUUAUGUUCUAAGACCGCGUAUCUCUAUCUAUAAUUAUCUAUGAUUGGAUUAUUCGCUUAAAUAAGGUUCCAGCAAAAUAUUUGUUGGCUAAAAUACGGUAUGAAUUAAAUAUGUAUUUGUAGGCAAAAUUAUUUGACAGCUUAAUCACGUUCAACGUGUAGUUUACAAAAUAAUAAAGAAAUGUUGGAAAAAACGGACGAAUUUGAGACAAUACAAGUUUCAUUAUUUUGGAUUCUUAAAAUAUCAUUUUUCUACCAGAAUCUUGUUCUGAAACUCAAGAGUAGAAUAUUUUCUGAAAGAAAAUUUGUUUAGUUUAUCCAGUAGUAUUGUAGUAUUCAUGACUGGGAAAAACCCCCUCCAUAAAAAUUAGGAAAAACAUAAAAAGUUUUUAAAAUAAUUUAAGUUCAAAUUUUGACGAAAACUACAAAAUCACGGCAUUUGUGUCUCAUGUGUGUGGUUGAGUACAACUUUUCUAUAGAGAUUAAUAACAAUCAAAACAGUUAUAAGAUCUAAUUGAUGCAAAAGAUAAAUCAAUUUUUAAUUUUCCUUAAUGUUUUUUAAUUAUAAAACAAAGAAAAAAUUUGAAAAGUUUACGGAAAUAAGACUAUUUUAUUAUUUUAGAUUUUAGAUUCUGAGUGGAGCAAAAAAGCUUAUGGUCUUACAAAGAUGUUUAUUUUAUUUUUUUUUUAUCUGUAAACAACGUUUCUACCAACAGACUUGUUCGAAUUUUUAAGUGUAACAUCUUUUCUGAAAGAAAAUAGGUGUAGGGGAGAUACUUAAAAAAAGGUCAUUUUUCGAUUUUCUCAUGAGUUGUAUCAUGAAAUUUGUAAAACCAAAAAAAAAAAAAAAAAACGGGAAAAUAUAAGAAAUUAAAGUUAAGUUACAAAGCAUCAUUAUCAACUGAGUUCCUCCCAGAAUCGUUUUUUUCUUAAGCAUUGGCCUAUCGUUACUUACAUUAAAUUCCCAUCUGUAUCCUACUUUCCCGACUUUCCACCUACACCAGUAGCUUUACCCAUCCCCAUUAUCUUACCUUUUUUUAUUUAAAUUUGAUUUAAAAUUAUCGCAAAGAUCUGAAAUUCUCACAAAAUAGUAAAUACCUUUUUUAGAAGUCGUAACAUGUUCAAAGUAUUAUAAUAUCGGAUGAUUUUUGAACUAUAAAUAUUGGACAUAAAUAUUGGUACCUAAUUGACAAUAAUUACAAGUUUUUAUAGUUUAUAUUUAGUUUUAUGUUGAUAAUAUUGUUUUGGUCCAUUAUAAGUUCUUGAUAAUUUUUCACGAGGUUCAACAUAAGUUACUCUUAAUGGUAAAUAAUAAUAAAAAAAAACAAUGCAUGUAAUUUGAUAGUAUUUUUUUAGUUUCAAAUUAAGUACGUCGAAAAUCUUUAUAAAUCAUGGUAUUUCAAAACAUUAACCGAACUUCGCUCAUAAUCGUAAUUUGUCAGUAAUUAAAUCAUUACUGCCUAUAGAUAUGAAUUAAAUAACUAUGUUAUUUAUCCAUCUCAAUUUUUUUAAAUUUAUAAUGUGAAUUUGUUUCAGGUUUCUAGAUCGAAUAUUCGUCCGAACAUUCGAUAUUCAGUCCCCACUGAAAUCGACUGA